GAGCGGGCGAGGUGGCAGUGCUCAUCUGACCACGAGACGGGAAGGGUGUGCGUUCCUUUGCUCCCCAUUACUUGGCAUACCUGUGUCUUAUUGAUCUCUCGUUGAAAUGUCACUCUUCGGGUCUCUCCUGUCGGGAUUUGACGAUGACCCCUUCUUCGGCGGGCACCGGAGCAUAAUGAGACAGAUGGACCAAAUGAUGAGCUCAAUGAUGCGUGAUCCCUUCCACGAUGACGACUACUUCAACGGCGGCGGCGGUGGUGGCGGCGCUCUAGCCCUCACCGCAGGACCCGCCGCUGGGGCCCUCGCUAGACGCCCCGCCCACCCUGCCCACCCCGCCCAUCCCGCCCACCCCGCCCAUCCCGCCCAUGCAAGAGCCCCCGCCCCGACUCCCUUCGGCGCCCUGGGUAUUCCAUCUAUCGCCAAUAUGAUGUCUUCUAUUGACCAGAUGGCCCAGGGCGCCGCCAACUGUCACAUGUACAGCAGCAGCUCCGUGAUGACCAUGACCACUGGACCAGAUGGAAAGCCUCAGGUGUACCAGGCAACAGCCUCCACCACAGGCGUCCCAGGGGGUGUGAGGGAGACACGACGGACCAUCAGUGACUCUCGGACCGGUACACGCAAGAUGGCAAUUGGACACCACAUAGGCGACCGUUCCCACAUCAUUGAGAGGGAGCAGUCCAAGGAUAACAUGGAGGAACGACAGGAGUUUAUCAAUUUGGAUGAAGUACUCACCACCACAGAGGAAGCCCCGCAGUUUGACCGAGAGUUCCGUCACCGCACCCAAGGCAUGUCUGGGCGGGGACGUUCCCUGGACUAUCGCCGCAGACACACCUCACCACCAGCCUACAGUCACAGAGUCUCGGAUGCCCCUGCUAUUGGCUACUCCUCCUCCCCUUCCUCUAGAUACAGAAGCCGAUCCCGACCUAUGCUGUCCAUCACUGCAGGUUCCAGGGAGGAGCGGGCGAGGAGGCGAGACAGGGAGGAGCGAGCCCACAGGUCCCACCGGCGCUACCAGCCCACCAUGUAACACCCACCCAGUGCUUAGAGAAUCUACAUGUGUGUGUGACUUCACUACAAAUGGCUGCAGACUCUGUGAUCUGUGCUGGACACUUAAGUUAAGGAGAAAGUAACCAGGAAUAUUAUCCAUGUAGCAUUAAGGCCCAAGUAUGUACUGGUAUUUUGAUAAGAGCAUCUAGUUUCCAUACUGUAGUCAACCUGUAGACCAACCAUUUUGAUAUCUAUCCUCAUCACACACACACACACACACACACACACACACACACACACACACACACACACACACACACACACACACACACACACACACACACACACACACACACACACACACACACACACACACACA